AUGACAAGCGAAGACCACAAGUAUGAGAACUCUGAUAAAAGAGGUGUAUCUUGGAUUUCUUCUAUUGGUGGUAUUUCUCCAUCUGAGUAUUUAUCAUCAGUUAACACCAGCCUAGAAACGGUUGUGAGCAGGAUAGAGGCAGGAUUUUUGAUAGACACGCUGGAAGUUGAUGUACGUGAGUUAUGCAUAGAUAUUAAUCGAUUGGUCGACCACAUAAAAUUAAGUGGUAUGUACUGCUCUGCCGAAACGUAUAGCAAUCUGCUUACUACUUUGGAACGCUUGCGUACGGCUGUAGCUCAAAUGCGAAGGUGUAAGGGAGAAAUGCGAAUGACUGCGUCUACGUCAUUCUACACGUACAAAAUAAGAACACCUCCUUUACCUAGUGAUUUGCAGUUGUGA